AUGUUGCAAACUGGAAGACAAUGUUAUUUGUUUCAGUGACAGACGAUAUGUUACAGAACAUGGCCAAAAAUGUUGAAAUGAAUAUCGAGGAAUACACGACACAAACUCUUAAUGCUCUAACAGCCAAAACCACUGGAACAGAUACCUUCAUUUAUCAAGCAACUCAGAAUGGAUCUACACUAGAGGUUUAAUGUCCAUAGCAGGGCCGCCAACAGGGGGUACUUUUCAAGGCCGGCGAGAGCCAACCACAGGCCCCGGGAUAAAAUGACGAAUUGGCAAACAUGGGCCCCUGUCCCUCUCGACUCUCCCGCUGGCACAUGGCCACGCCAAAGUCUAUUUUUAAUCACAAUCAAUCAGAGAAUUACCAGCGAAUUACUUGCAAGGAAUUGCCACAUAACUGAUAAAAACGCAAUGUGAACGAUGUUCAGCUAACUGUUUUUGCUGAGAUAACGAUCGAAAAAUUAUUUUUCACAUUUGGUACGUUUUACGAUCGAUUGUGAUGAUUUCCGGGCCCCUCUGGGCCCCGGGUAUUUUCCCCCCUCUGCCCUCUCGCCAGCCUUGGUACUUUUCCUGGGCCCCAGCUCAAAAGGGGGCCCCAGCUGAAAAGGGGCCCCCCAAAGCAACAAUGGCUCUUAAAAUUUUUUGAUACAAGAUUACUUCACUGAGAAAAGGAAUCCAAGCAGCAUUAGUGCCAGAUAAUAUGCAGUAAAAUGUAAUAUAUUGUCAGUAAAACACUGCUUCUCCCAUUUUACAAACACUGCUUUUCCCAUUUUAUGUUACUUAUUUUAAAUCAGGCUUAAUUUGACCCCCCAUGUAGUUUAAUUGGAAGAAACAAUUGGAUGAUGGUGUGAAGGUAAUGAGGAUUGCCAAUAUACUUUAAAACCUCUGCUAUUAACUUCAAUUAAAAUGUCAUUUUAUAUCAGAGAAUGUAAAGUAAUCUAUUUUCUUACCAUAUAGUUUCAACUGGGAUCUAUAUCUUUAAGUUUGAGUGAAGGGAAUAAAAUCUUGAUGAAAAAGAUUUUAGAUUUUUCCAUUAGGAAAGUCCAUGAUUACAAGGUACUUACAGAUACCAUAUAGAUAGGUGGCACACGACGCUGUUGCCAACAUGAAUGUCACCUUGGCUGUGGUAAUAAACAAAACGUAGACUUUGUUAAUACUGGAUAGCUCUAUCAGUUCUAAACCGCUCUCCCUAGAGGUCCAGUAAGAAUCAUGUCUUAUAUUGAUCCAGUGUUACUACAGGAGGAAACUUAAACUAAAGUAACUUUAUUUAUACUGGAAAGAUCUAUCAGUUCUGAACUGUAAUUCUUCUUCCAGUGUUACUACAGGAGGAAACCUAAACUAAAGCAACUUUAUUUAUGCUGGAAAGAUCUAUCAGUUCUAAACCGUUCUUCCUAGAGGUACAGUAAGAAUAUUCCAUCCCUUAUAGAUCCAGUAUUACUAUAGGAAAAAACCUAAACUAAAUUAACUUUAUUAAUACUGGAUAGAUCUAUUAGUUAUAAACGGUUCUACCUAGAGGUCCAGUAAGGAUCAUCUCUUGUUGAUCCAGUGUUACUACAGGAGGAAACCUAAACUAAAGCAACUUUAUUUAUACUGGAUAGAUCUAUUAGUUAUAAACGGUUCUUCCUAGAGGUCCAGUAAGAAUAUUCCAUCCCUUAUAGAUCCAGUAUUACUAUAGGAAAAAACCUAAACUAAAUUAACUUUAUUAAUACUGGAUAGAUCUAUUAGUUAUAAACGGUUCUACCUAGAGGUCCAGUAAGGAUCAUCUCUUGUUGAUCCAGUGUUACUACAGGAGGAAACCUAAACUAAAGCAACUUUAUUUAUACUGGAUAGAUCUAUUAGUUAUAAACGGUUCUUCCUAGAGGUCCAGUAAGAAUAUUCCAUCCCUUAUAGAUCCAGUAUUACUAUAGGAAAAAACCUAAACUAAAUUAACUUUAUUAAUACUGGAUAGAUCUAUUAGUUAUAAACGGUUCUACCUAGAGGUCCAGUAAGGAUCAUCUCUUGUUGAUCCAGUGUUACUACAGGAGGAAACCUAAACUAAAGCAACUUUAUUUAUACUGGAUAGAUCUAUUAGUUAUAAACGGUUCUUCCUAGAGGUCCAGUAAGAAUAUUCCAUCCCUUAUAGAUCCAGUAUUACUAUAGGAAAAAACCUAAACUAAAUUAACUUUAUUAAUACUGGAUAGAUCUAUUAGUUAUAAACGGUUCUACCUAGAGGUCUAGUGAUAAAGCCAUAUUCUCUAGUAGUCCCAUGUUACCUCAGGAAGAAAUCAGAGUACUCAGAGAAAACGUUCAUAGUGGAGUCAAUUGAAACUGAGAGCACUCUCCUCAAUUAGCAACUGCAUGAGGAGAAAUUAUAAUCAGAUUUCAAAUUGUUGAAGGGUUUGUUAUAGGCAGAAAUCGAGUGUGAAUUUUAUACAUAAUGUAUCACUACAGGAUACAAUGGCAACAAUGAAAUAUGAAACAGAGCAAUUGGCAAGAGAUAGAGAUAAUGCUAUUUUGGUAAGGUCAUUAUGAUCACAAUUUUCUUAUUGUGACAGCUAGUUAUCUAAACAAACACAAGUUUUGUGUUCAUUCAUUGUCCAUCCAUUGAACUCUAGCUGUCAAUGAUCUUCUCCAUUUGAUAAGUUCUUUGUAGGUUUGCAUGGUGAUAAAACAUAUAAUACUUUUGUUUGUGGAGACACCACGUAAAUUUAUUACUGCAAAGCUUUCGAUCCGUAAGCCCGGAUCUUCAUCAGUGCUAUAAUAAUACGUGAUAUGUACCCUUCUCCAUUUAAUUUUAGCGUUUAGACAAAUGUAUUGUUGGGAAAGAAGAAAUGGAAGUAGAUUUAUUUCAAAAGGUUACAUUGCUAAUUCUGCAUUAAAUUGUUUUUUGAUAAGCGUAACGACUUAUUUGUAAUAGUUGCGGUUUUUAUUUUAAUUUAGUUUGUAACAGUUUUGAACGAGAAAAAAGCCAAGAUACGUAGACUACAAGAAAGUGAGUGUUUCAUUUUUUUAAAACCUUCACACUUGCAUGUAACAUUGUACUUCUGAAAGACAUUCAAUGAUAUAUUGUUAAUUUCUUCAUUGUAUUUUUAGCUAUUGAACAGCAAUCGAAGAAACCUAUUAAUGCAGCUUCAAACACGGGUCUGUUUAAAUCAUGUUUACUGUACGUUAAUAAAAUGUAAAAAAGUUCAUCUUUGACCACAUGUUUAAAACAUUUAUUUUAUAGCCCGUAGUAUAACUGAAGAUCAUCCCACAAAUGAUCAGACGAGGUAUUAAAUACGUAUAUUAAAUGAAUGAUAGUUAUAUAUAUUAGUCAAUUCUGCAGGUUUAUAUAUAGUUUCACUCUUUCAAACCAUCGAAGAAAAAAGGAAAUAAAUAAAGGAAGACCAUAGACGUAGUGGGUUUUGAAAUUCUUGAAAGUUUUCAAAUUUGAAUGUAUUUCUUAAUUAAGGUCUUUAAAAAGUCUUCAUUCAAUAGAAAAUACGGCACACUCUGGGUGCUGUUGCGAAAAUGAGUUGGCGUUAAAUUUUUUAUUUACCAUUUUCUUUUAUUUUGAUUUGCUUUUACUGAAAGAGAUGAUGAUGACACAGACGUAGAGAUGGACGUGUCACAGGUUGGUAAAAAUACGUAUAUGAGUCGCAUAUUCAUCGGUAUGAGAAGACUAUGCUUUCAGUCUGACUCCAAAUACCACAGAACCGAUUAGGACUGAUGUGUAAGCUAAGUAAGAUAUGCUAUAUUCACCAAUGCUUAUUUUGUAAAUAAUCAUUAAAAAAUUAUAAUAAUUCAUGUGGAAAAGACUAUGGAAAUCACUGCCGUGUUGGUGGUUUUAUAUGUGAUAAAAAUCAUGUUCAUUUACAUAAACUACUUAGAAAAAAUUAAAAUUACUUCGCCAAUGAACUCAUAAGAUAGGUCGUUUUAUAAGUCAUUUCAAGCACUUGUACUUGUAGUACUUGUUUAUAUCUGAUAAAGCACUCUUGCUCGUGUUUUGAAUAGUACAUAUUAAUCUAAUCUACAGAACAAGAAUCAAACUGAAGAAAAAGCAACAACAUCGUCAAAUAUCGGAGCUGGUUUAUUUCAAGAUGAAGAAGAUACAGCUCCUGUUAUUAAACGGUUUCUAUUUUUUUCAAUUCUAUUAUAUAAGAAUUUGGAAGUGAAAUAAAUUGAACUACACCAUGCACUGAAAUAAGCUUCUCUUACAGUGUAUUUUCUACUGUUUCUGUUUAUAGAAGAAGAAAGCAACCAUCUCGACAACCGGUUCGAACUCCAUCAAAACCUGUUUUACCCGAAGUAAAAACGACGGUGAAAAGAACAACCAGUAAUGCUAGCAGCACAAGCACCAAUUCCGAUGAAGGGUAUAGUAUUGGUUAUGUUUACAUAAAUUGGUCGAUAAGAGAAUAAAGUUAGUUUAGUUUAGGUUUCCUCCUGUAGUAUUAUAUACUGGAUCAAUAAGGGAUGUUCCUUUAAGAACAGUUUAGAACUUAUAGAGUUAUCCAGUAUAAAUAAAGUUAGUUCAGUUUAGCUUUCCUCCUGUAGUAACACUGGAUCAAUACUGAGAGAUUAUCCUUACAGGACUUCUAGGGAGAACAAUUUAGAACUGAUAAAACUAUCCAGUAUAAAUAAAGUUAGUUUAGUUUAGAUUUCCUCCUGUAGUAACACUGGCUCAAUAAGAGAUGAUCCUUACUGAAUCUCUAAGGAAGAACGUUUUUGAACAUCAUUUUCGCUUUUCCUAUUUUGUUCUAUAUAGUAAACAAUCCAGUAGCAGCACAAGACGUUCACGAAGGAAGAAAGCUUUGUCGACAUUCCCUGAUGACGUCGAAGAUCUGUUUGGCGAUAUGGCAUAAAAUUAUGAGACCGUACCGUACCCGCCAUCGCAGGCAUUGCCUUGAGAUUGGCGGGUUAGAAAUUUGUUGCAGGCGAAAAACUUUGUGAACGACAAGAUGUCCGGUUGCUGUCCGGCUAUGUUUGGCCGGCUGUACAAAUGCUAUUCACAAGGAGCCCAGGGGCUUAUUCUCAGUUGUUCAAAGCUGGAUUAGCGCUAAGGGAAGCCUCGCAUAUUGAUUUUGUCCAUGAGAAACGUCAUAUGUUCGUUUCUCUGCAGACCCCCCCCCCCCC